AUGAGUAUUUAUCGACCCGUGAAGGUACUCUUGAGUCAUGUCGCAGCAAGUUUGGGAUUACUAGGCACACGCGUAAGGCACGCCAAUCACUACUUGAGGCGGACCAAGAAUAAGAACCUUGAUAUAUUAGCAUUGAGCAUCCUCGGACUAUUACUCCUUGGUUUCAUCACGAAGAACCUUCAAACUCCAGCUGAAAGGGUCUUCGAAAAAGAGUACACGGUUGAAGAAGCAUCCGAUUUAGAUACUGCAUUAGAUCACAGUAAGGGUGACUAUAUACAUAGCUUUCCCGAACCAGUAAAAAAAGCACUUCAAAAUGUAAUUCAGCACAUCAUUGAUAAUCCUAUUGAUGGUCAUUUAGAUAAGCAAAAAGAAUCUGAAUGCAAUACAGGAAAGGUAGCUAUUACGGAUACGUCGAAAUUUGGCCAACUAACGGAGUCAUCUUUGAAAAACUGUAUUCAAGUUUCAGACGAAAUCACUGCAAAACUUAAAGCUUCACAGACGGCCUUCAUAUCGAAAAUCAGAAGUGACUUAACGGUAAAAUAUGACAGCAUAGACGGUGGUGCAUUUCAUAAUGAGGGAAUAGUAAUGGUAGGUGGUGGUAAAUUUUCCCUAUUUGCCUUAACUGCAUUAAAAGCAAUCAGAGCUAAUAGUGGUGUUCAAACUAGAAAUACAGCUCCGAUAGAGAUUAUCUUUCCAUCAGACGAUGACGAUGACAAAACGUUCUGUGAGAGCGUCUUACCCGUCGUCGACCCAUCUGGAUUGACCAAGUGUAUCUUUUUGACUGAUGUAUUUGACCGCCCCUCCUCUUCCAAUAUGCCAGCCCAACAGUUAAAGGCUCUAGCUCUUUUGGUUUCAUCAUUUGAGAAGAUUUUAUUGCUUGAUGCCGACAACUAUGUCAUCAAUUCGCUGGAUGAUUACUUCAGCCAUAACGAGCUCCAAGAGCGUGGCCUUGUUUUAUGGCCUCAUUUUUGGCGCCGUGUACAUCAUCCUAAGUUAUAUGAUAUUUUUAACGUUGGUAUUGAUAGAUCCAACGUUGUUAGGAACUGCUUUGAUGAUGUGUCCCCUAAGUACAUGUUUCAGAAGGAGAAACUUGAUGAGACUCCAUUUCACGAUUUUGACCACGCUAUACCGGACGGCUGCACUGAAACUGGACAACUUCUGAUCAACAAAAAGAAACACCUCGACACAAUAAUUCUAAAUCUUUAUUUGCAUUACAAUGGCGAAGCCUACUUUUAUCCAUUGCUUGACCAGUCAGUAGGACUUGACGGUAAUCAAGAUACGCUUACGUUAGCGGCACAUGUUUUGCACGGUGAAAGAUCAUACUACCAAAUAAAGGCACCAAUUGAGAGUAUGGGUUAUUGGCUGGACAGCCAAACAGGCUCUCCCUUGAAUGAUGAGGAACUUGACUCUGUGACUGCUAAACGUUUCUACCGUACUGCUUGGUUGCAACAUGACUUAGUCAAUGAUUGGAAUUUUCAUGCAACGGGAAAUAACAUAAUAAAUGACAAUGUCUAUGAGCGAGAGAUCACUUUUUGUAAUCAGUGGCUACAUGAUCACAACGAUUCUUUUGCAAAAGCAGACCAGGCACAACAAAUAGAUCAAUGCAGGAAAAGCGAUGAUUUCAAAAAAACAUUUGAAUACAUCAUGAAAACUUCCUACAAGUUGUCCGACAUUUCAUCUCUCUACAAGUACACGCCAGUCACAUUUGUUCAUUCCUUUUCUCCGCAAUAUGAUCCAUGGGAAUGUUCGCAGAGAGAAGAGUCCAUUUUUCAUACUACUGAUCCAAAAGAUAAAACUAAAAAUCGCUCUAUCAGCAUUCAUUAUAGAAUGUACGAUUCUAAGAUGUCCAGAUUAACCAAUUACGACCUAGAAUUGGAAAACUGGUUGAUUUUUAAAGAGGUCUUGUGUGAAUAUCCUGAUAGCUACAAGAAAUUUAGCUACUUGGCGAAGCAUAUUGAAGCCACAGAAACCCCUGAAGAAAGUGCCAUCUCCAUGUGUGCGUAUAUUCGAGCAAGAGUGAAGUAUUUGCAAGAUACUACAUGGUCUACGUAA